CCACGUGGAAGAAAUAUGACCUUUACUGACAAUUUCAUACGUAGUAAGUGAAAGACUGAUUCUUGCCCAGAAAGACGAGCUGCUAGUUACACUGAAAAGAUCAACAAGGUUCUUUCAUGGCUUCCUUGCUCUCCCCAGGUACUUCAACUAUCUUCAACCAAAAUCACCCAAAACCCAUUUCUUUCUCCCCAUUAAAACCCACAUCAACUUCCCUUUUCCUGUUCCCCCUUUCCAAGAGAAAACCCCUCUCUUUCAAUGCAUUCUUUGACGACAUUUCAGAUCGUCUCACAGUCAUCUCCUCAGAUUUACCCAUUUCUCUGUCUAAACUACCCGGGUACACCCAAUUUCUUAGUGUGACCGAGGAACUGCCCGAAGGGCAGAAAUGGGGUUUACUCUUUUUUUCUGGAAUGACCUGGAUAUACUUGACUGCCAGGCCAGGUGUGCUCAUAGGCGCCAUUGAUGCGUACAUUCUUGCCCCUCUGCAAGCUGGUAUUGACAGUUUGAGUGGGGUGAGGAGACUGAAGAUGAGUGAUUUCGUGGUUGGGGACAGAAUAGGGGAGGGUUCAUUUGGUGUUGUGUAUUCUGGUCUGGUUGCUCCAAAGAAUGUAACCAUUGAUGAAAGAGUCAAGAAAAGAGGAGGUCAAAGGGCUUUGACUAUUGAUUCAAGUUUUAAACAAAAGGUUGUCCUUAAGAAGGUAGGUAAAACUUGGGGUUCAAGGUGCGGUUGAAUGUGGUGAGUUUGAAGAAUGGUUCAAUUACAGGCUGUCAAGAGCUGCACCAGAGACAUGUGCCAAGUUUCUUGGAAGCUUUAUUGCUGAGAAAACCAAUUCAAAGUUCACUAAGGGUGAGAAAUGGCUUGUCUGGAGAUUUGAGGGAAAUGAGGACUUGGCUGAUUACAUGAAGGACCGUACCUUCCCUUUGAACUUAGAGUCUGCAAUGUUUGGCCGUGUGUUACAAGGGAUGGAAUCCAUCAAGCGCAAUGCACUAAUAAUCAAGCAGAUUAUGAGACAGAUUAUUACUUGUCUGAAAAAGAUCCAUGACACGGGGAUAGUCCAUCGGGAUGUGAAACCAUCCAACUUGGUAGUAACGAAAAGGGGACAAAUCAAGCUCAUAGAUUUCGGAGCAGCCACAGAUCUACGGAUUGGGAAAAACUAUGUUCCGAACCGAGGCCUUCUCGAUCCCGAUUAUUGCCCUCCUGAACUGUAUGUAAUGCCUGAAGAAACCCCCAAACCUCCACCAGAGCCUAUUGCUGCUCUUCUCUCCCCAUUUUUAUGGCAGCUGAACAGUCCAGACCUUUUUGACAUGUAUUCUGCUGGGAUAGUUCUCCUGCAAAUGGCUAUACCGAGCUUCAGGUCCCCGACAGGUCUGAAAAGGUUCAAUAUGGAGUUGAGACAAGCGGGAUACGAGUUAAACACGUGGAGGGAAAGGAGCAGGUCAAGGCAUGAUUUAAGCAUUCUUGAUCUAGACUCCGGAAGAGGGUGGGAUCUUGCCACUAAGCUCAUUUCGGAGAGGGGUCCGCUGAGAAGAGGACGGCUGUCUGCUUCGGCUGCUUUGAGGCAUCCUUACUUCUUGCUAGGUGGUGAUCAAGCAGUCGCCUUCCUUUCCAAAUUUGGCAUCACUAAGUAGACACUUCCAACAUGAGGAGUGAAAAAAAUCUUAGACAUGUAAAUUUUCACUUAUGUAAAGCGUUUUGUUCAUAUUAUGAGUCUAUGACCAUCAAUACGACUUCGCAUUGUAGUUUUGAGUCUCUCGGCCAAGGGCAAUAAGACAUCUUUAUAGGAAGAAUAUUACGGAGUAUAUCAAAAGCGAGGUUAACAUUUGUGUCAUGAUUAAGUGGUUUUAUAAACAAUUAGUUUACUUUGUGU